AUGAGCUCAUGGGUUUGCUCUUACGUGUCUCGAAACAUCGUAACCUCCGAUCCUCCACACCCUUUCUCAUCAUCCCAACACUUUAGUUCUCCGGCGUCGUUUCGAAGAGCAUCCGUCAAGUUACCCUUUACGUUUACGCCGAAGUUUCGUCUGCUGAAACUCCAAAAGUUUCAAUCUUUAUCGUCAACUCAUGAAGGGGAAGAAAACUCCGAAUCAAUCGUACAAACCCUCAAGAUUCCAGACGAGUGGUUGCUCCCUUCCAAGGCCAUUGAGGAAUCUGAAUGGUUGAGAGUAACUCUACACAAGUGGUUGGAUGAUGAGUAUUGCCCUGAGCCAACCAAUGUGGACAUCAGUAAUGUAGCUGCAAAGUCUCUCUACACUUCAUUGCUAGAGAAAGAAACUGACAUGGGAGUGAUUUUGCUCAAGAUGGCUCAAGACUUGACCUCAAUUUCAUACCAAGAAAGCUUCCAUGGAGCUUUCACAUCCGCUAACGCAGCUAUAAAUUUGAUAGUAGAAAAAGUAGAAACUGGCAUAGUUUAA